CACCUAGAAGCCUCUAAGAAGAAGAAGAAGAAGAAGAAAAACUCCCGUGACCUGAUGGGGAAGUACUGGUAACAAAACAGCUGAUGGGGAAGUACUGGUAACAAAACGGCUGAGGUAUUCUUCGAGGCCAAAAAGGUUUUCAAAGGUUGCAAAGAUGUCUGGUCAAGUCUUGGCAAAAAGAUGGCUACCUGCUCAGCUGCUGGUGCUAUGGAGCUUGACCAACAUCUCUGAGUCCAGAGUGAAUUUGUCAGCUCCUCCUGCUAUCACACUUGAGGAAUCCUCUAAUACCACCAUCACCAUUACUUCCAGUACAGCUCUCAACCAGUCAGCUGCAAUUCACCUAAAUAUAACUUAUAGCUCCAAGAGGAACUACUCAUCUAUUAUCACACUGCCUGAGGAGGUGUUGAUGCCAGUUCAGGUUACCUCUGUCAGUUUUAAUGUGACAGCCCAUGAUGUUGGUCAAGUGACCACAUAUCUGGUUACCAACCACACAGAGCUCAACAGUGUGUCUGUCAGGAUCCGCUUCAUAGUUGUCCAUAGCAAUGUCCUCUCAGUAAUCAGUCAAGUGAUUGGCUGGAUUUACUUUCUGGCCUGGUCAGUGUCUUUUUAUCCACAAGCCUUGGAAAACUGGAGGAGAAAAAGUGUUGUAGGUCUCAACUUUGACUUCCUGGCUCUCAACCUAACGGGUUUCAUUGCUUACAGUGUCUUCAAUAUUGGGCUGUUCUGGAUACCUUAUAUAAAGGAGGAGUUUUUGAAGAGGAACCCUAAUGGAAUUAACCCUGUCAAUGCUAAUGAUGUUUUCUUCAGUCUCCAUGCUGUCCUGCUGUGUUUGGUUUACAUCAGCCAGGCUGCUGUGUAUGAGAGAGGGGGCCAGAGAAUUUCUUGGACAGCCUUGGUCUUAUUGGGGAUUGGCUGGACAUUUGCUUUGAUCAGCUUAUUUCUUGCUGUAGCCAAACAAAUCACCUGGUUGGACUACCUCUACUAUUUCUCCUACAUUAAACUAGCAGUCACACUUAUAAAAUAUAUACCACAGGCAUACAUGAACUACAGAAGACAGAGUACUGAGGGAUGGAGUAUUGGAAAUGUGUUGCUGGAUUUCACUGGUGGAACCUUCAGUAUUCUCCAGAUGAUCUUACAGUCUUACAACAAUGAUGAGUGGAAACUGGUAUUUGGUGAUCCUACAAAGUUUGGUCUGGGUCUGUUCUCCAUCGUGUUUGACAUCCUUUUCAUCACUCAGCACUACUGUCUCUACAGACAGUCGUCACAAUAUGAAGCUCUUGUGGCACAACAAGACGACGACUGAUACGGACUCAGUCCUGUGACCCAAAGGAGAACUGAAGAGCUACUGAAGAGAAGUCAUGGUGGUGGUUGUAUGACUUUAAUUGUGAAAAUAAUCUAGGAAAUUUCUUCAGAGCAGGUUUUUCAUGUCUCAUGAGCACUUUAUUUUUAAACCACUGUAUGUAUAUAUGAUUAACUGGUAAAAGGGAAAAGAGAAAUUCAUUGAAAAAGCAUUUAAAAAAAAAAAAAAAAGAAGUGACUGUAUUGUUAACACUUCAUUGUAGCAUAAUCGUCAAGUGUUUGAGAUAAUUCCAAAUAACAUGGCCAGUAAUAAAGGUUGUAAAGUCAGUUCCUGUUUGACUUUCAUUCCUUUCUCUGCAUAAUUUUCUAAUAGCAUUUUCUGAGGCUUCCUACCUAGUGGUAGAACCCUUCAGACAUUGCAAAUUAAACUGUGCUAAUCAAAAAAUUUAUUUACUGUGACCUUACUCUGAUACACAAGGGUUCUUUAGGUGCAAUGUAUUACACACCAAUGAGGAUUUAAAAAGUGCUGUUUCCUUGUACUCUUUUAAUGACUAUGAAAGU